AUGGUCGACCGCCGAUCAGACUCAGACGAUGGUGCGCGCGCCAAGCGUCAGAAAAUGGAUGCCGGCGAUCCCAGGGAGAAUCCCUACCUGGCUCAUAUGUACGAGGAUUCCAAUGGCGCAGACGCAAGCUCUGUCCUGGCCAAAUUCAAACGCCACCAGACGACGGCGUCUCUAGCCAUGAAGGCCGAGGAUGGCAAUAUCAAUCCGUUCAGCGGUCAGCCCUUCUCGACCAAGUAUUUUUCUAUUUUGAAGUCUCGGCGCGAUUUGCCAGUCCAUCAGCAGCGUGAUGAAUUCCUUCAGCUAUACCAACAAUCCCAGAUCUUGGUCUUUGUUGGUGAAACCGGUUCCGGAAAGACAACGCAGAUUCCUCAAUUUGUUCUGUUCGAUGACCUGCCGCAGAACCAACGCAAAAUGGUCGCUUGUACACAGCCGCGUCGUGUCGCAGCCAUGUCGGUGGCUCAGCGUGUCGCAGAGGAAAUGGAUGUUAGGCUUGGAGAAGAAGUCGGUUACAGCAUUCGUUUCGAGGACAAGACAGGCCCCAAGACGAUCCUCAAGUACAUGACCGAUGGUAUGCUCCUGCGAGAGGCGAUGCACGAUCACAAUCUGUCUCGGUACAGCACAAUCAUGCUCGACGAAGCCCACGAAAGAACAAUGGCCACAGAUGUCCUGAUGGGUCUGUUGAAGGAGGUUGUGCAGCGUCGACCGGAUUUGAAGAUCAUCAUCAUGUCCGCUACCUUGGAUGCACAAAAGUUCCAACGGUAUUUCAUGGAUGCGCCCCUUCUCGCCGUCCCUGGACGUACCCACCCCGUCGAGGUUUUCUACACUCCGGAGCCUGAACAAGACUACGUCGAGGCAGCCAUUCGGACAGUCUUGCAGAUUCAUGCCACGGAAGACGAGGGUGAUAUUCUUGUGUUUUUGACUGGUGAAGAAGAAAUCGAAGAUGCUGCCCGGAAAAUCAGUAUGGAGGCUGAGGAAAUGGUGCGCGAGGCCGAUGCCGGUCCACUGAAGGUUUAUCCGCUUUACGGCAGUCUGCCACCUCACAUGCAGCAGCGCAUUUUCGACCCUGCGCCAGCUCCUCUCCGUAAGGGUGGGCGACCUGGUCGAAAGGUCAUCAUCUCUACAAACAUUGCCGAAACCUCCCUGACCAUCGACGGUAUCGUGUAUGUGGUGGAUCCUGGAUUUUCCAAGCAGAAGAUUUACAACCCUCGCAUUCGUGUUGAAUCCCUUCUCGUCUCUCCUAUUUCCAAGGCCUCUGCUCAGCAGCGUGCUGGUCGUGCCGGUCGUACACGACCAGGAAAAUGCUUCCGUCUGUACACGGAGGAAGCCUUCAAGAAGGAACUGAUUGAGCAGACUUACCCGGAAAUUCUUCGGUCCAAUUUGUCGUCAACUGUUCUCGAGUUGAAGAAGCUGGGAAUUGACGACCUUGUCCACUUCGACUUGAUGGACCCGCCAGCUCCUGAAACUCUGAUGCGAGCCCUUGAAGAGCUCAACUACCUUGCCUGUCUGGACGACGAUGGAAAUUUGACCGAGCUUGGCCGACUGGCUUCCGAUUUCCCUCUCGACCCGGCUCUUGCUGUAAUGCUGAUCAGCUCACCAGAGUUCUAUUGCUCCAACGAGAUCCUCUCUAUUACCGCCCUUCUCUCUGUUCCCCAGCUCUUUGUUCGUCCUAAUUCGCAGCGCAAGCGCGCGGACGAGAUGAAGAACUUGUUUGCGCAUCAAGAUGGUGACCAUCUCACUAUGCUGAACGUCUAUCACGCCUUCAAGAGCCCCGAGGCCCAGGCAAAUCCCAAACAAUGGUGCCAUGACCACUUCCUUUCCCUUCGUUCCCUUCAAUCGGCCGAUAACGUGCGGAUGCAAUUGCUUCGCAUCAUGGAGCGAUCGGAGCUUGAGAUGAUUUCGACACCUUUUGAAGACAAGAAGUAUUACGAGAAUAUCCGCCGCGCUCUUUGCGCCGGUUUCUUUAUGCAAGUGGCCAGAAAGGAGUCCCAGGGCAAGAGCGUGUACACAACAAUCAAGGACAACCAGAAUGUCCUGUUACACCCUUCGACAGUACUAGCUCACGACGCCGAGUGGGUCCUGUACAAUGAGUUCGUUCUGACAACGAAGAACUACAUUCGCACAGUUACUGCAGUCAAGCCUGAGUGGUUGCUGGACAUUGCACCCACUUACUAUGAUCCUUCCUCCUUCCCGAAGGGUGAGACGCAGACUGCUCUCCUUCGCGCUAGAGACAGACUUGCGCGCAAGGAGAAGAUGCGUGCCGAAAAGCGACGAUAG